AUGUCUCAAUCCGAUUCUAACCAAAACGAUGUUCCGAAACUUAAAUCCUACGAUCCCAAUUUGCUUUUUGACUCAACUACUUCUCUCUCAAAACAUAAAUUUUUUGAGUUUCAAUUUGAAGAGAUGAAUAAGAUCGAAGCUAAUUCGAAGUUAGUACAUGAUAGAAAUGAUUCUAAUUUUAGUAAAGCCACUAAUUUUAAAGAUAAGAUUUUACAUGGUUCAAUAUAUGGAGUGAGACAACAACAUGAUUAUGUUAUUGACACGUAUGUGAUGGCCCCGAUUUAUUAUACCGAAACAAUAAAAUAUAAUAGUAUCGACAUAUCUGUCAGAUGGAGUAGACGGAUACAAAAUUUACCAAAACUUAACUACGGAACAACUAUUCAAAAGAAAAACCCUAUAACCAAAUAUUUUUGUGAACAGUGUAAUUAUUUUCACAAGAAAAAACAAUGUAAGAAGAAACAAGUUCCUUAUUACUGUGAGAAAUAUGACGAUUUUCGGGUUCAAAAAAAAUAUGAUAAAUGUGCAAAUUUUCUGAUGGAACCAGAAGAUUUCGAUGAGACGUUAUUAGACUCCUCUUCCAAGAGUUCUUACGGUAGCGAUCAAACGUAUUAUGAACCUGAUACAAAAGAUUUUGUAAUACGUGAUAGGUUUAAGUAUAUACAUAGUCAAAAUGGUAUUAUAUUAGAAGAUUCUCAACUUUAUUUUAGUGAUAAUGAAUUGAUGAUAGAUGAUUCGUCAUCUUCAAAUACAUAUUCUUUACGUCUUAAAGAAAAUAUUAUUAUCGAAUCGAUUUUAAACAAAUUCAAGUUACGUCGUUAUACUAAAAGACGUAGGGUCGAAGAAUCUGCAGCAUCUUCUCCUUCACCUGAUAUUGUUCCUGAGCCUGACAAUAUUGAAGAAGAAGGGACUUUAGAAAAUUAA